CGUAGAAAAGCCGUUCUCGGCCAAUAACGCGUGCCAGCGAUUGGCAGAUCAUUUCCAACAUUUAGCAAAUGAAACCACGUGCAAGCAUCCGCUCGCUCCAAUCAAUUGAUGUAAACUGAGCGAAGCGGACCUUUGUGGGAGCAACUGCGUUUCCGUGGCGCGGAGGUAGAUCUUUAUUAGUGAGUGUGGAGCCUAUUGAAUUUGUGUUGAAAGCGGAAUAAUACGGUCAUUUAAAGAGUAAGGAAACGGAUAUUACCGGGCGCGUCUAAUUAAUCAGCUGUUUUAUGCUUAUUUGCCAACACUCGGAUUAGACUGUGCAUAGUCAAUAGCGUUUUAUAUGAUAAAGAACCUAUUUUUACCUGGACGCACGGAGUAUUACGCGUUUUCUUUUCUCGCUGGACUGUAAAUUACGCACGGGCGAUAUUUUUGCUAAGAUUUGGACGUCCACUUAUUCCUUUCAUCUUUUGUAUGACUUGUGACUGAAUGAAAACUAUAUUUUGAAGCUGACAUUUUUUUGUAGAGCAUCCAGGACGAGUGGAGAUUUUAUUCGCCUUUAAAUGAGACACUCUCCCAUCGCCAAUGCCACAAAACUGCGUCUUUUUCUACGAACCAAGAGCUGUAAAGAAACGUAAGACCCCAUCUCUGUGAAUACUGCGUGUGCUGCAUCAUCUCAUUCAAUCUGCUGUCAGCCAAGAGAGAGGCAACAAUAACUUUGAACGGUUAUUGUGUCACAUUUCCUCCAGUCUCCGCAUCAUUUUCCUCAGAUUCGAAGCGGGCAGCUGUUGCAACACACGCAAACACACGCAGUGAAAAUCCAAGACUAACAAAGGAAAACUGAAGCCAAGACGAAGAGCCAUCAGCCUGGAUGAAAACGACUGGAGUCCUGGCCAGGAGUACAAGUCGUCUUCUUUUCUAAAGCAGAUGAACUAUCGCUGUUUUUGUGAGCCAGGGGCUUUUUGAAAGGAUGUUGAUUUGCACAGAUUGAAGAUUUUCUCUUUGACUUUUUGCUACCUAAACCAGUGCCAAACACUAACCGUGCCAACCAGAAGCAAGAAAUUAUUUCACUAGUAUUUUUGCAUUUUUGUUGAUCCAUUGAAACUCAAUUUACACCACAUUUUUUACUUUAUCUUCCCUAUUAGUCUUUUUUUUUAUCAUAAUAGCAUGUAGAGGUUCCCAAGGUGGAAAAUCUAUCACCUAGUUUCAGUCAAAAACAACAAGCAGCUUUCGCUCCCCAAAAUAGGGAGAACAGUGCAUUAUUGGUUAAACAUGCUUUAUGUAAGAGUGGCCGUUACGAAUGCAUUAGCCUGAGAGAGUUCGGCUCCUGAUCGAUUGAUCAAUGGAUGGACGGGCUUAUGGAUGGCUGGCACAAGCCUCAUUAAACUUUCCAAAGUGAGCUGCUGCUAAUUCUGUUGAUUAGUCGUGCGUUCCUCUCACUAAGGCCCGUUUAACUCUUCCUCUCCAUCAGAUCUCUUUAGUCAUCCAUCUCGUUUGCUCCUCCCUCCUCUCAGACUCUGCACAUUUAGAGCAGAACCCUCAGAGGUCUCCGAAGGGUUUAGAUACUGAAGCCAUACGUCUCAUAGCCAUACUAACGUCAAGACCCCUGCCAUCAUUGUGAGAAUUCGGCUUGGUUGUUCGAAAAGGGCAGGUGCAUGGGUGUAUUCAGGAAUAUUUUACUGAAUGGUGGUCCAGGUUUGAUGUCCUGUAAUCUGCCAUAUUCACCAGCGAGCCAUUGACGCGUUUACUGUGUUGACAGUGGGACGACGUUUCAAGUUGUCCCGCUACUUGAAAAGACGCUCUUUACCACUUAGGAUAGGUCUUUUGGUGCGUUUGCUUGACGAUCUCCACGUGCUCCACAUUGACGGAUGAAUCCUGACUUGUUCAUGCCUGUUCAGUGGGCUCAACCAUGCUGUCCUGCCAGAACCGGGCCCAAGCCCCCGUUUGUUUUAUUCUGUUGGGUUGAGCUAAAUCCAGAGCAGAGACACUCACGCAAGAGGGUCCAACACACAUAGACCCUCAAACUUUACCUAGACUCGGCCCAUCCUUCCAUUUCCUCUCUUCCUCUUCUUCCUUUCUGGCCUGACUUGCGUCAUCAAACCAGGAACUAAUAUAUACCUGCUGCUUGUUAUACUUCGCGAGUGCCCUAACCGACCUACACUCUUCCAAAGCCUUCGUAAUGAGCCUUUGUCCCGUGGUGCCGCCUUUAGAGAAAAGAUCAGCUCUUCCCCAUUUCUGAACUUUGUGAAGUUGCUCAUUCAUUGCUUCGUCCUACCUUUAUCUCUAGCCUCAAUGACUUCCUUCUAAAACCGAAAAGAUGAAGUACUUAGUAUUUUCCUUGAGAACUGACACUGUUAGCCUGAUUAUUUGGACUGCACAACAGAACCUCAAUGACCUUGAAAGGUAUUCUUCUUAGUCUCGCAGACAUUCUCAUUGACGAUUAACGCCUAAAGCGGCAACCGAGAUUUGUUUACAAGACGACUUCAGUUCUUGGAGCUGACGAUGACUAUUGUUUACAAGUCACACGGAAUAGCUGAGUACUAGUAACUGUUUCUUUCUAUACGGUUGUUUAGUGAGUCGACAACUGAAGUGCCAACCAGAAUAGAGACCGUUUGGUGAGACAUAGUUUACACUCAAACAGAAAUGUUUACAUGUUGCCCAUAAGGUGAACUCAGAUUGAGUCUUGAAUGAAUUGUUAGUGCCAUAGUUCAGUUCAGUCGCAUAGACUUAAACAAAACCACCUUUAAGAAGAAGCUGUAUUCAUGACUUUGUGACACUUUAAAAGGUUUACAUUGCUAAAAUAUACAUUUUGUUUACAGGACUAAAUUGCUUGCAACAAAAAAAGUCAAAUAUUUGUUCAUUUCACAUUUGAGUCAUAUAUUCAAAGCUGUUGUUUUAUAGAAUUUGCUCAUUGAGAAGAUUCCAAAUAUUUUAUUUUGUGCCAAAUCAAAUUUUUCAAACAUUCCAGCUCUCACCCAUCAAGCAUAAAACGUGUAUAUAGAUUUACCUCAUUCCCAGUUAAUAAUUUCCUCAGAAAUAUGUUUACACCCUAACCGAGAGUCUCAUGCUUUUUUCUUUGACCCGAACUCCCGCACUUGGAUGUGCAUUUUGCAUAUGAAAUAAUUUGCAUACUAGUGUAUGCACACGUGAAAGAGAGAUUAACUUGUCUACAUGUCUUAUAUAUUGCCACACUGACUUGCAACUUUUGAUAGACGUCAGCUUUUUGUAGGCCUCGGAAGUCUUUUGUACGAAGGCUUCGCGUUUUUUUCAUCUUUGAUAAAAUAAGCGGCCCUUUUAUCAAGAUGCCACCCGCUGCCAUCUUGCUUUUCUUCCUGUUUGGCCCUGUGGUCUCCACAGUGACUAUUACCUCGGAACGCUCCUCCGUGAACGGGGGGCCGGUGCUGCUUCUGUUGCGAGGACGCAGCCGCAAGUUCCCUCAGCCCGAUGUGGGGGGCAAGGAGGCAGCUGCCAUGGCGGCAGAGCCAGAGGCAGCCGAGAUCCCUCCGAAACCCCUGCCGCAAAUUAUGCUACCCCGCAAUGUGACGGCCGAUGCCCUGAAGCCCCCGCUGGGCGCCGCGCAGGUGGCCCCUCCACCUCGGCGGCUGGUGGACGUGGACGUGUGUCAGGGCUACUACGAUGUGAUGGGACAGUUUGAUAACACUUUCAACUGCACCAAGGGCACCUACAUCUACUGCUGCGGCACCUGCCACUAUCGCUUCUGCUGCGAGCACCAGCGCAGCCGUCUAGACCAAGACUCCUGCGAUAAUUACCGCUCACCUGACUGGGCCGUCACGGCAGGACCCAUCACCCAGCCCCCAGUCCGACACGACCCAGAUUUCGACCCGCUGCAACAACAGAGCAACAACACGGCUUACGUCAUUGGGGGAGUCAUCUCUUUUACCGUGGCCGUGGCCAUUGGGGUUAAAGUGGCCUUCCAUAAACUGUCUCGACGACCGAGGAACCGAGACAUCAACAUGCCUAGAGCGCUGGUGGACAUUCUGCGUCACCAGUCCAGUCCGGUCCAGCAAGGAGAGAGGAACAACAGCACGGUCCUCACAACCGCCACCUCCAGCGAGGGCACGCUGGGGCGGACGUCGAAAAACUUCUACGCUCCCGUCCUCCAGAGCAAAGACAACCGGACUGGGAAACACAGUUUUGGCCAGACUGGGUCCAGUCCUAAACACACAGCUACUAUCGAGCGAGUUCCACGCAUGAACAACACCCAGCUGGCCUCCACAGGAACACUGCUGUCCAGCAAGCACAAUAAUUCCGGUUUUCACCCCUCCUUCUCUCACUCCUUCCACAACCUUGCCCAGCUACCUCCAUCGUACGAGACCGUCAUGAAACCAGAGCUCAACCGCUACAGCUCCCUCAAGAGACUAGAGAAAAACCUGGAUGAAUAUUCCGGAUAUUACACCUCCAAACGAAGGCCAGACAAUGCUCCUCCCAGCUUCCACUCCUCCCAGCACCACCUGCCCUGGGGUGGUGACUUCACACUGGGUAACCGGGGCACCCUCCCGCUAAACACGUCCCGCACACGCAUCCACAUGCCCAGUUCCACUUCCACCCCCAACCCCUACCCGUUACCCCAGACGCAGUACAACCCCACGUUCGACACGAUGAGCAAACCGCCUCGCCGGGUGAUGUCCCAAGACCAGCUUCUGGCGCUGGGGGAGGGGAACACUCUCUCACGCCUCUCCAAGAACCAGCAGCAUCAGUAUUACAAACCCAUGACCACCAGCAAGAGCUCCAACACCCAGACUUUGCGCAAAUCUCACGAACGCCUCCUAGUGUCUCCGGACCGCCUGGAGGAGCGAAUGAUGGGUGAUUACGGCGGGAUGGUCCCCACCAUGUCCCGUCUCACCCACCACCAGAAAGCGCAAUCCCAGCAGAACGUGUGCGUGACGCCCUCGCUCGACCGCCAUCACAUGAUCAAAAUGAAUUCGCACCCUACCUCCGGCCGCGAACAAGACUACACGGUCGCCACCAUGUCCUCCGGCCACGGUGCCGGGACUAUGGGAUGGGGUGAGGUCCACGGCUCCGGAGGAGGACCCGGAGCGAUGCCGCACAGCGCUCGCCGGAUGGCCUUCGCCACGAAACGCCAGAACACCAUCGAACAGCUGCAUUUCCUUCCCGGAGGAGGUGGGGGAGGGGGCGUAGGGGGUGGAGGUCAGGCGCUGAGGACGGGGAGCAAGAACGAAGUAACCGUGUGAGCGCAAAAAGAAAGAUGGUAAGGAGAUGACGGAUAGAUGAGGUGUGAUCGCGCAAGCCGAAGGGAGGGAAGACGGUGGGGUGUAAAAAAAAGGCUGAAGACAGAAAUAAAAAACAGAAAGGAGGAAGGGGUCGGAAAUUAGGCCCGCGGUGUAUCGCUAUUGAGAGAAAGAGGGGUGUAAAAACUAUAGCAUAAGUGAUUCUGUAGAUCCCUACAUUGCCAAAUUCUCCAUAAAUAGAAACGUUAAGGCCUCCUUUGACCUGUGAGUAGCAUAUAGUGUUUCGACGGCACUAUUUAGAGAUACAAAAAGGAAAAGGUUCAUUACUAGAAUAGGCCAAGUUUUCUCCAGCUAGUACAUUCCAGCUGAUGUUGUAAAAGCCAAUUGGUUUAGGGGUUAAUUUGUUUUUUCCUGCAUCCAAUGAUGCAGUUGACCUUGCCUCCAAAUUUUUGGUUUCAUUCAACGCAAAGUGUCAUUCUCAAAGAUGUGUGUCACAUUCAUCAGUAAAAUAAGGGAACAAUGAGAUAUACCGGAUGAAACUGACAAGCGUCCAAUCGUACACUGAAUUACCUCACGGAAACUAUGACUAGUCUCGAAUCAGAUUUGACCUGACUUGGGGAUGGAUUAUGACUUGUGCACGUUAAGCGAGAAAAUACUGAGAGGAGAGAAGAACUUAAAAGGACUUGAAAAAUGUCACUCGUUUUGUGACCUGACUCUUUAGUCUGCACUGUUAAUAUAAGUCCAAAUGCCAUCAGCCAUAUUAGAGCUUAUUCAUAUGAAGAAAUCAUUUUCAUUGGGAGACGGGUGUCACACUGAUGAUCAGAGAUUUUUAGCCUCUUAUACUGAGACUGUGAAUCAAAGCUGACAUGAAUGUCAGUUUGAUUUUUUUUUUGUUUUUGCAUUGUGGAUAACAUUUUGGCUGUUUUAUAAUAUGCUGUCAGACUGAUGGGUAAAAAUGCUUGAGCAGACAUUUGGAAACUGAAUUCAGCCAUUGAGAUCUGAUAGACGUCAUGCUUCUUUAUUGCAUGUUUGACCAAUCAGAGAACAGCUUUGUAUGACAUCCUUGAGUCAGUUAUUUAUAAACGUUAAGAGCUGCGAUUUAAUCACGGGCAUGCAGUAAUGUCAAAUAGGACGGCAUACUCUUCGACAUUUAAUUUGCAACUCGAGCUGUUGUAUUGAGGGGGAAAGGGGAAAGGGUUUGAUUAUACAAUGGACAAUUUAAUCCAAGGGCUAUUCUGAAACUUCUUCAUGUGUGUCUGUGCUUCCGUGUUCUGACGGCUUUUUAUCUUUUCCCGUGACACGGCUGUGCGGAACAUAGAGGCUACGUGCCAAUGAGUGUACAAAACAGUAAAAUAGAACAAAAUCUGCAAAGCUACUUCUGUGUCACACUAGGAUGCAUUAUUAUCUAACCGACGAGUUAGGAUUUAGGAUUAAAAGGUGUCUUGUUUAUCUAUAUUAUAUUCAAGGAAAAAAAUGUCUUUUUUGUUAGCAACUUCUGUGUUUUUCAGCUGUCUCCACAUCAAAUGGACACUGUUGUGGUGGAAUGUCUGAGAACGACCUGGCUGAGCAAGAUUAUCGGGCCAUAAUAUAGUAUUUUAGAUCACUCUGCAAUGUUUAAGCUUUUAUUAACUUUAACUGAAUUUAAAUGCGUUGAAAAAAGGUAAAAAAAAAAAAAUUAAGUAAAUCCCGAAUGUUCAAAUAUGUACACAUGCCAAUUUAUGUGCAUAUAUAUAUAUAUAAAUAUAUAGUCAUCAAUAUUAUUCAUAUUCUUGAUUAUAAACAUUGUUUUGUUUUUUUUCUCUGUGACUUUAGAAAUGGUUUUUAUUCCUGUUUUCUGUUUAUAUUUGAGUUUCUAGUGGAUUCUAACCUUUGUAACUCGACAAAAAAGCAGAUGCAAUCAUAGUGAAAAGACAAAACGCAUGAAGAUGUCAAAGCCAGUGUUGAUGAUGUCAUAUUGCUGACUUCUGAUGUCAAGGUGUGUGUGUCCAGUUUGUGUGUCUGUAUUUGUGUGCUUGUGUGUAUUUCAGUGUCUCUUUUGGAAUGCUUUAUCUCGCAUUUUAUCUGACUUCUGCUUCGCGUGAAGUCAGAGAAUGUGCAUUUCAGAAAACCCAAAAUAUAAUUUAAUUUUUUAAGUGAGUGUCUCUUUGAAUGCAAAAAAUAAAAAGUAAUUAACAAAAAAAAAAAAAAAAACAUUUUCCAUUGCUGCAUUCACCAAAGUUAUGGAAAUCAAAAUAACCACAAGAGUAUUUAAUGUCCUUUUUUUUCCUUUCUUUCUUUCUUUUUUUUUUUUUUUAAAGAUAUAAAUAUGUUUUUUGCCAUGAGAUACAUAAACCUUGUUGUAAAUUUUCUGGGGGAAAAUGCCAAAAUGCCAUGCAUAAAAUAUUUACAGCAAAAACUUUAAUUAUUAUUAUUUUUAAAUAAAAUCCUCACCAUUAAGAAAGACGUU